AUGAGCCUGGUCCCAUACGAGCAGCCUGCCGCGGCUCAACCGAAGGCUAGCAUACCUGCACAGGAUGAACUCCCAGCCAUCAUUGCAACGCCCUGCGAUCCUUGGCCGCGACCCUAUUACCUCGAGAACGGCCUGCGACGUGUUUUGCCGUACCACUUCACGUAUAACACGAAUUGCAAGGAGCGAUGGCGGGGAAGAGAGCUGCUCGCUAUCUUCGAGAGCGAGUUUCGAGACAAGACGGUCGAAUAUUACAGAGAAGCCAUAGAUUCCGGCCUCGUAGCCGUCAACGGCAAGAUAGUGGGCACCAACUACAUCCUGAAAAAUGGAGACCUGAUCUCCCAUACCGCACACAGACACGAACCACCGGUCACGGCUGAACCUAUCGGGAUCCUCCACGAAGAUAAUGACAUGAUCGUUAUAAACAAGCCACCUGGCGUCCCUGUGCACCCCGCAGGGAGAUACAACUACAAUUCUAUCGUUGAGAUCAUGAGGGCCGAGAGGGGUCCUGGUUUCAUCCCACACCCCUGCAACAGGCUCGACAGACUGACCAGCGGCAUCAUGUUUGUUGCCAAGCAUCCAAAGGCUGCCGACAAGCUAAGCGCUCAAAUAAUGCAACGUACCGUACGGAAGGAAUACAUUGCCCGUGUGAUUGGGAAGUUCCCCGACGGAGAGGUGGUGUGCGACCAGCCCAUCCUGGUCAUCUCGCCCAAGCUGGGCCUGAAUAGGAUCCGCGCCAACGGCAAAGAGGCGCGCACCGUCUUCAAACGUCUGGCCUACUAUCCGCCGCCCAGCACGGGGCCUCCUUCCGAGCAAGCAGACGGAGAGCUCCCCUCUUCUGAGACACCACCACCGCCAGCCAUUGACGGAGGGCGGCCAUGGAAGGGUAAGCAGGGAUACUCGAUCGUUCGCUGCUUGCCCGUCACCGGAAGAACGCACCAGCUGAGAGUCCACCUCCAGUUCCUCGGACACCCAAUCCAGAACGACCCCAUCUACGCGAACCAGAAGGUCUGGGGCAUCGACCUCGGGUGCAACGACGCCAAUGGGACCCAGAACAGCGACGAGGAUAUCAUUAGCCGCCUCUCGCGCAUGGGGAAGGACGAGGUCGCGCACGCUGUGGCCUACCACGACGAGAUGGUGGAUGAGUACAACAAGCAGCGAGCGGAGCGUCUGACUGGAAACGUCUGCGAUGUGUGCAAGGCACCGCUCUACUCGGACCCAAGCGAGCGAGAGCUGUCCCUAUGGCUCCACAGUCUACGCUACGAGGAUGAAGGAGGCGCGUGGAGCUUCGUGAGCCCCCUUCCGCGCUGGGCUCUCCCGCCCGACGGUAUGAGCGGUCCAACGCAGGUUGGCGGCCUUGAGGAUUUGGUCGGGGCAGCGAAGGCCCUCGACCCGGAGAUCUCGCCGGAGCGCAGCGGAACGGAAACUUUGUGAUACCCGAGUCUCUUUGGUUGUUUUGCCAGCAUCCCAGCAUGCAUGAAGCGCAACCACCAAUUGAGCACAGAUGAUUAUGAAUUUCAAAGACACUUACUACAUAGUACACCCAACUUUGCCUAUGAUGUGGGAUACCUACGCGAGAUUGUGUGGCAUAACCUUAGCAAGUGUGAAUGAAGCCCCCUGUUACAGUUUCCGUCCUUUUCCCUUCCCGGACAAGGAUGAGGGAAUUCCACACCCGAAUUCCACAUCCGGCCUCAUCCCUCAUCACACUACUGCGUAGUAGGCACACUGAGAUCUCGACAGAGUAUCUAGAACCACGCAGGCCAUCACCUGGGUCCGCGUGCCUCUAGUAGAGCGCUCCUUGCACUGGGUAUUGUGCCGCUAGUAGGCAGGAUUACCGA